AUGUCUUCCGUACAAACAGGCUUCAUGAGCAGAGUGUUAGAGAAUACGGGCAUCUACAGCAUCCUCUUCACUCUGCUCGCAGUAGCAGUGACAUAUGAUCAGAUCGCCUACUGGCGCUACAAAGGCAACCUGGCCGGCGACGCGUGGAAAAUCCCCUUCAUCGGCCCCUUCCUCGACAGCGUCAACCCGAAGUUCAGCGGCUACUACGCCAAAUGGGUCUCUGGCGACCUCUCCUGCGUCAGCGUCUUCCACAAGUUCGUCAUCAUCUCCUCCACCCGCGACAUGUCCCGCAAAGUCCUCAACAGCCCGGCAUAUGUGAAGCCGUGUGUGGUGGAUGUGGCGCACAAGCUGCUGAGACCGGAGAACUGGGUCUUCAUGGACGGGAAAGAGCACGUCGAGUACAGGAAGGGGCUCAAUGGCUUGUUCACGAGGCAAGCGCUGGAAUCGUAUCUUCCCGGCCAGAGGCAGGUGUACGAUGAGUACUUUGAGGAGUUCCUCAAGCAGACCAAGGCGAAGAACGGAGCACCACAGCCGUUUGUGUACCAGCUGCGAGAGCUGAUGUGCGCGGCCUCUUGCCGGACGUUCGUGGGGCAUUACAUGUCGAGGGAGGGUGUGAAGAAGAUUGCCGACGACUACUACAACAUCACCGCGGCAAUGGAGCUGGUCAACUUCCCCAUCAUCAUCCCGUACACCAAGACGUGGUAUGGCAAGAAGGCGGCGGAUCAAGUGAUCGAGGCGUUCUCUGCUUGUGCUGCAAAGGCGAAAGUGCGGAUGAGGCAGAAGGGUGCUGAGCCCGAGUGUAUCAUGGAUCGCUGGGUGAUGCAGAUGUUCGAAUCGGAGCGCUACCGGGAGCGUAUUGCGAAGGGCGAGCAGGUGCCGCAGUCGGAGAAGCCGACGCAGCUGCUGAGGAUGUUCUCCGAUUACGAGAUCAGCAUGACCGUCAUGACGUUCCUCUUCGCCAGCCAGGAUGCGACUAGCUCAGCAUGCAGCUGGAUGUUACAGCUCACUGCAGAUCGACCUGAGGUUCUGGCCAAAGUACGAGAAGAGGGAGCACGCAUCCGGCCUGACCCCAAAGCGGGCGUCAAGCUGGAAGACCUGGAGAACAUGGAAUACACCCGCGCAGUAGUAAAAGAAACCCUCCGCUACCGGCCCCCCGUGCUCAUGAUCCCCUACCUCGUGAAGAAACCCUUCCACAUCCCCGAAGCCAACUACACGGCGCCGAAAGGCAGCAUGAUCGUCCCCUCAACCUGGCUCUCCCUACACGACCCAGAAGCGUACCCGGACCCGGACACUUUUGACCCCGAACGAUGGAUCUCCGGCACCGCCGAAGAGCAGGGCAAGAAUUGGCUCGUGUUUGGAACCGGACCGCAUUAUUGUCUCGGACAGCAGUAUGCCGUGUUGAAUUUGAUGCUGAUGCUGCAUAUGUUGAGUGCGGAGUUUGAGUGGCGGCAUGAGGUUACGGCUUUGAGCGAGGAGAUUCGGAUUUUCGCGACGAUCUUCCCGAAGGAUGAUUUGUUGCUUAGCUUUUCGAGGAGGGGGGAGAAGGCAUAG